AUAUGGCAGUUUUGUACAGCUCCACCUAAUUGAUCACUUUUCAUUGUAAAAGUGUCAUAAUUAACUUUUUUUAAAAAAAACAAGAGCCUGCUCCAGAUAAUGGGCUUUCUGCCCUGAAAGACCUGACAGCCUGCAGAUGGGAACGGUGCGGGUCAGGGAGUGAUUUGUAAAUGUUAAAACUCCUUUCCUAAACCAGCUACUGAUAUAUCUUUCUGUGUUCUCAGGACUGUUUCCCCAUCCCCUGGUCUCACCCUAGUUUGUUCCCUCCCUUCCUCCCUUUCUUCCUUCCCUAUUUUAUGUCAUGAAUUUUCCUUUGCCCUCUUUCUUGGAAUCGUGCCCACUUUCAUUUGUUAAAUCAUUAACUGGUCAGACUUGCAUCGGAGUGUCUACCUUGAGUCAGACAUUGAAUCCAGGAUACAGUGAGGAAGGAGACAGAUGUGGCCCUACCCUCCUAGGGAGGGAAUAGACAAACACAAGUGUGGUGGUUACAGCCAGGCGAGAGAGGGGUGCCUGUGCCCUGAGAGUGUGGGCAGAGGACCUAACCUCAGGGUGGGUGGAGGCUUCUCUGAGGAAGCAGUGCUGUCUGAAAAUGAAACAGGAAGGCACAAAGAAUUGCUCAGAGUCACAGAAGAUCUUAUUAGACGGAAUGCUGAACACAAUGACUGUGUCAUUUUUUCCCUGGAGGAACUCUCCUUGCAUCAGCAAGAAAUAGAAAGACUAGAACACAUUGAUAAAUGGUGCCGGGAUUUAAAAAUUCUCUAUCUUCAAAAUAAUCUUAUUGGGAAAAUUGAAAAUGUUAGCAAACUCAAGAAACUUGAAUAUUUGAAUUUAGCUUUAAACAACAUUGAAAAAAUAGAAAACUUGGAAGGAUGUGAAGAACUGGCAAAACUUGACUUGACUGUAAAUUUCAUUGGAGAGCUGAGCAGCAUUAAAACCUUGAAGCACAAUAUCCAUCUGAAGGAACUCUUUCUCAUGGGGAACCCAUGUGCUACCUUUAACCACUAUAGGGAGUUUGUGGUAGCAACUCUUCCACAAUUAAAGUGGUUGGAUGGUAAAGAAAUAGAGCCUUCAGAAAGGAUUAAGGCAUUGCAGGACUAUUCGGUAAUUGAACCACAAAUCAGAGAGCAGGAAAAAGAUCACUGUCUCAAAAGAUCCAAACUCAAGGAAGAGGCUCAGAGGAAGCACCAAGAAGAGGAUAAAAAUGAAGACGAGAGAAGUAACCCAGGCUCUGACGGACAUUGGUACACGGACAUCAAUGCUACUCUUUCCUCUUUAGAGAGCAAAGACCACCUACAGGCACCAGACAUGCAGGAAUACAACACAAAGAAAUUAGACGAAAGUGAAGAUGAUUUGGAAUUCUGGAAUAAGCCGUGUUUGUUCACUCCUGAAUCAAGAUUGGAAACACUUAGACACAUGGAAAAACAACGGAAAAAUCAGGAAAAAUUAAGUGAAAAGAAGAAAGUGAAACCACCCAGGAUUUUGAUCACUGGAAAUGGGAACGCUCUGAAUGUAAAUGAGCCCAAAAUUGACUUCUCUUUGAACGAUAAUGAAAAGCAGAUCAUCCUGGACCUUGCUGUCUAUAGAUAUAUGGAUACCUCUUUAAUUGAUGUUGAUGUGCAACCAACUUAUGUGCGAGUGAUGAUCAAAGGAAAGCCAUUUCAGCUUGUCCUUCCUGCAGAAGUGAGACCUGAUAGCAGCUCUGCUAAAAGAUCUCAGACAACAGGUCAUUUGGUCAUCUGCAUGCCCAAGGUAGGAGAAGUAAUCACAGGUGGUCAGCAAGCAUUCAAAUCUAUGAAAACUACGUCGGACAAGAGCAGAGAACAGACAAACGCAAGAAGCAAGCACAUGGAGAAACUAGAAGUAGACCCCAGCAAGCACUCAUUUCCUGAUGUGACUAACAUCGUUCAAGAGAAAAAACACACACCCAGAAGGCGAUCUGAACCCAAAGUUAUACCAAGUGAGGAAGACCCAACCUUUGAAGACAACCCUGACGUGCCUCCACUGAUUUGAAACAUCUGGUUGCAUUGUCAUUGGCUGAGACUUACCAGGUCCAGCUUUGGUUGGUGUAGAAACUGUAUGCAUAUUAUUCCUGGGGUAAACAGUUAUUUGUCAAUAUCGCUACUCCUGUGUUUUAACUCUUACUUUGCAUAGUAAUAUCCUUAAGCUAGCUUCAGAUUAAAAUGUAUGCUCUACAUUUAUAAUGAUGGGUUAAAUGAUAUAACUCAUUAUUUACCUAUAAGAAAGGGUUGGUAUUGAAAACGUUUAGUAAGAUCAUAGAACUAUUGCAUAAAACAUUGAUUAUAAAUCCCAGAACUGUAGAUUAAGUCAUAGAUAAAAGGACUGAGUACUUCAGCAAUUUGGUCAAGCUUAGAAGCUAAAACUGUAAUUUCAGAUCCAAUUGGAAUACUUUAAUACAAUUUUCAACAGCA